AAAUGCUUGAUAAUUCAAGUUUAAAAAAUAUAGCUUUGUAUGUUUUACCUACUUUUCCUUCUUAUGAUAAUGAAUCUAAUGAAGGCUUAUCUAAUGUCCCGAUAUCAGUGCAAAUAAUAGGAAAUUUUCAAAAGCUUAAAAUGUUAAAUAAUCCAUAUCUUUGCAGGUAUUUAGAUAUUUUCAGAGGAAAAAAUGAUCAAAUUUAUAUAAUACAAGAAUAUCAUCACACGCUAUUUGAAUCAUCUUGGUAUUUUAUGGGUAUCCACAAAAAAUCGGAGUUUAUUUACCUUAUAAUGCAAUCGAUUAUUCAAGCAUCAUUGUAUUUACUAAAUAAUAAUAUUAUCAAUCCAUACAUAUCUCCUGAUAGUAUAGUCAUAUUUAAAAGCAAUGUUAAGCUAACUCACUAUGGUUUAUACCAUAUAACUAAGAAAAGUAAGUUAGUCACAUAUCCGUUAUGUGAUAUAAAAUAUUUAUCACCAGAUCAAUUAUUGUUAUGUUUAACUAAACAAACAACUUCUAAUCCAUACUCUAUUACAUGGGGUUUGGGGCUUAUAUUAUUGGAAUUUAUGUUUUCAAUAAAAUUAUGGGAUAGAUUAUCCUUGAAGCAACAAAUAUGCAGAAUACUUUCAUUUGUUAAAAUGUCAAGUUUAUCAAUUUUGGAAAAUAUUUUAUUAGACCAUAAUAUCAAAGAUAAAUUUAAUAAUCUGCCUUGGAAGACAAAGUCAUUAAUCCAUUCAUGUUUAGAACCAAUUUCUUCUAGUAGAGAUUACCAAUUUUUUAAGAAUAUUAUAGACAAUGAAUUGUUUUUUUUAUAUAAGAAAAAACAUGAUGUUAAAUCAUCUAAUGGUGAUAAUAUAAGUUCAAUCAAUAUUUUUGAAUAUCCUGAAAUAAAUUAUUUAAUAAAAAUUCUUAAUCAUGGGAAUUAUAUAUUAGAAAAAGAUUGUAAAUCCUUUGUUCAGGAAAAUUUAAAAAGAUUGAAAUCUAUCUCAUUGAUUCCUAAUAUUAUUAAAAUAAAAGGACAGAUAUAUGGGAAAAAACAUUUUAAAAAUAUUUGUUUAUUUUUUAAUUACAAAGAAAAUUUAAUAAUUGAUUUAAGUUAUAUUAAAAUUAAAGUAAAUCAAAUUCCAUAUGAAAAAUUAUUUUUAUAUUUUGAAGAACAUAUAUCAGAUUCUUUACCAAAUCACAAAUCCAUAUUUUAUGAUAAUUUAUACAACAAGGAGUUGCCUCAAAAAAUUAAAGAAAUGGAUAUAGAAUAUCAAAUAUUAAGAUUGAAUUUGUAUAAAAGAUUACUCAGAGCUAAUCCAUUUAAAAAAAUGGACAUUAUUAUUGAGGCCAAUGUUGAUAUUUGUCCAUAUUUUAGAAAAGAUAUCUGGGCCAUAAUAUUGGAUGUUGACAUAAACAAUCAGAAAAGAUACAAUAAAAUAAAUAAAUUUCUGUAUUUGGACAUUGAAAGACAAAUCGAAGUUGAUAUACCACGAUGCCACCAAUACAACGAAAUCUUAGCCUCUUCCGAAGGCCAUCGUAAAUUUAAGAACAUCCUCAAAGCUUGGAUUUUGUCCCAUCCAGAUUAUGUGUACUGGCAAGGACUGGAUUCACUUUGUGCUCCCUUUCUUCUCUUGCAUUUUAACGAUGAAGGGACGGCGUAUGCUUGCUUCGAAAAAUUUAUCGAUAAAUACUUGCACAAUUUCUUCUUUAAGGACAAUUCGAUCGUCAUCAAAGAAUACCUUGGUAUCUUCAAUAGUUUGAUCGCUUUCCACGACCCACGACUCUACCUGCGCAUGCUCAAAAUAAAUUUUGAUUCAGAAUUAUUCGCCAUUCCUUGGUUUUUGACCGUUUUCGCGCAUAUUCUGCCUCUACCAAAAAUAUUUCACCUGUGGGACGCGAUUUUAUUGAAAGACGAAACGUUUCCGUUAUUUAUAAGCCUGGCACUUCUGAACGUGUUACGCGGCUCGUUGAUGAGCUCGGGUUUCAAUGAGGCUAUCCUUCUAUUUUCCGAUUUUUCAGAUAUCGACAUAGAAAAUUGCAUACAAACGGCCAAUAAAUAUUACCGAUUAACUCCGGACUCUUUUGGUUACAGGCUAUACGGUUCUAAACAUUUCAUAAAAUCCAAGAAAUUUCCCCUUCCCUAUGAAAUCGGAAUUAUAAAAGAAUACAGAUUCGUCACAUACAAAUCGAUAACCGAAGCGACCUCUAAAAUUAGCUACAUUCCUUUUAUAUUUCAGUCCGAGCUGACCAGGCUCUCGAAUUAUGAUGCCGAUAAUCUCGGUUCAAAGGAGUUCAAAUCGUUUCAAGCGAGAAAUAUUGUCGUUUUAAAUAUAAGUUGUAUUGGCGAAAAAAAAAAGGUAGGUAAAAGUUCGUUUCUGGCGAUAAAUAUUCCCAUGUUAAAAAAGUGUGAUAAUACUAAAAAACGCGAUCCGCCGUUCUUUGAUAAUUGGAGAGAAGAAAUUAAGAAAUGCUUGUUGGACUCUCAAAUUUAUUUGGCGAGUAGUAAUAGUAGUGUCGGAACCGAAGAUAAUAUGACACAUCAUUUAAAUAAGCACGAAAUUGUGAUCAUAAAUGCUGGAUAUCACGUAACUGCUGCUAUAGAGGUUUAUUUGCAUAUUUUUAACGUUUAUACGCCAAAAUAUCUCUGCAUCCAAAUUUCGAAUAAUUUGCUAUAA